AUUCUCUUGAUCUUUAACCGAGGUGUCGUUUUCGAGCCAUGUUUAUGAAAAAAACCUCUGCCAGCCUGCCAUUUACUCAGAAAAUUAGUGCACUCGGUGAAGGCUGUAGAAACUCCCGGUUUAUGGACAGUUAUCCCGUUUUAUCAUAAACAACAUUUCGGCACCUCCAAUGCUCCUUUGAAGAUUCAACUUCAAAACUUUUGUGUUUUGAUCGCACACGUUGAUUGCGCAACUAUGUUCGCCCAUGGAGGUGAAACUCCUUCAAGGUAUGAUUUGCUGAGUAUGGUGAAGAAGCACUCUAAGUUUUUGGGAAAGACUAUAGUUGAUGAGCAGGAUGUAUCAGAUGUUGAAUUGGAUCAAGCAUUUUGGCAUGAUAUUCUGAACCUUUAUUUCGUUCAGGGCAAGGAGUCAAGGGGAUGCCAAGAUGACGAUCUCAUUUUUUUUGUUAGGAAAAUGAACUUGCAUAGACAUACUUCCACUGAUGACCCAGAUGCUGAUUCUCCUUAUUUUGUACGCAGGUGGGCAUCUAAGUUGGAUAAAGUGGUCGGUGACAGUUUGGUGGAGGUGGAUUGGAGGCGAUCAUUUUAUUUGAACCUAAUUGCUCACACUUCAUUCACCGUAACUGUUGCUAUAUGCAGCAAUCAGGUCCUUCAACAUCACCGAGUGGGGCAAGAUACAAAAUUGAGUCCUAUAUACAAGGUUGUAAAGACUGUUUAUGCGUCACCAAGCCGGGUCAAUUUCCAUUUGGAUUCUAGAAAGGAAGCAGAAACUGUACCAGCAUAUCCUGAUAUAUGCUUUGCUAUUGAUGACUUUGAUUCCACAUUUGACACUGUGGUUUUGUCGGAUGCAGAUCAUUGCUAUUGUGUGGUCCUUAAUGCUCAUGCUGGGGCAGCAUUUCCCAGUGAAAAGCUUGAGCAUGAAGUUUCAGACAAGUUGCCGAAAACUGAAGAAGAUUCUGGAAACACAAAGAAAACCAAGGUUACUAUUUUUUCUGGAUUCGUGAGCUAUCAAAUGGUUCGUGAUGCGUAUGAUGCUGGGAGAAAUCGUUUUGGAAGUCUUCUUUCUUUCAGUCAUUCUUCAGGUAAAAUAGAUAGAAUUUACGUGAAAGGGCCAGGUGGACGUGGAGAAGUUGAAGUUGCCGUUUCUGGUGUUGAAGACCAGAGCGAGCAUUCAUCAGGACCUUCUUCACCUGUUAGUUCAAAAGGUGCAUUUGGUCUAGCUACAAUUGUUCGGAGAGCUGCAUCUGUUGCUUCUGUUGCUGCUAAACAGGCCUAUGCAGCAGCAUCAAAUAAUGCGGAUGAUGAGAUGUUACCUUUAAAUUGCUCCUUAAUGUCUGUAUCAUUGCCUUGGGAGCAUAUUGCACAUGAUCUCUUGCUUAAGGGUGGUCCACCGGUGAGUAUGUAAUCUUCUAUCUUGGUGAGCGGAAGAUUCACGAAUGCAGAACUAUCAGAUACGGUCGCAUAGAAUUCCAGAUGUUGGAAUUUCCUUUGGGUUGAGUAUUCCCAGAAAGUGGAUUAAAUCUGAUUUCUCAAGUAUUUUGUGUUGGAUGUCCUGAUGCUUCCUUAAGUUUGAGAAAACUUCAAUCUAAGGCUAAUGUAAAUAUGUGAAUCUCUUUCCUUAGUCAGUUUUUAGAAACCGGAAUGAUACCGGCAUAGUAAUGGCAAAUAACUGAUGAAGUCUCAAUCAUUUUUGCUAAGUGAUGUAUCCCGCAUUUUGAAAUAGGGUAGAUACAUGUAAAAGAGAUAAAAACUACUAAAAUUAUAUAUAAAAAAAACAUACAAUGGAAAUGACAA